AUGGCCCCAAUGGAGUCGCAUCACCACCGCAGCACCACCAAGAAGGACAAGAAGGGCUUCAAGUCCCGCCAUGCCACAAAGGGUGCGCUCAAGGAGCAGAGCAAGGGCAAGGUGAACUCCCUCUCCUUCGAGUUCGGCAGCCGCAAGACACCCCACCAGCAGGUUAUGAACAAAUUCGACCGCCGCAACCGCGCCAAGCAGAUGCGCAUCAACAAGGACCACGAGCACGCAAAAUCGACCAAUGUCUUCGCCGGCAAGGAUGGUGCCCCCCGAAUCGCCGCCGUCGUCCCCCUCUGUUCCGAUACUUCUGCCGCUGCCGCCGUGCGCAGCCUCAACUCCAGCCUCGACAUUGACGAUGACGUGCCCGAGGCUGGUUGGACCAGGACCAAUGUCGAUCGCUUCAAGCAAAAGGUGCAAUACCUGGUUGUCAAGAGGGAUUUGUUGACCGCUCUCGACGCUUGCCGCAUUGCCGACUUUGUUGUCUUUGUCCUGUCAGCGAAUGAAGAAGUGGAUGAAGAGGGCGAGUUGAUACUCAAGUCGGUGGAAAGCCAGGGUAUCUCCAACACCUUUACCGUAGUCCAAGGAUUGGACAAGAUCGAACCUGCCAAACAAAGACCUUCUGUCAUCUCAUCGCUCAAAUCGUACAUUACCCACUGGCUACCGUCAACCGACCGUGUGUACUCUCUCGACAACCGACAAGAGGGGGCGAACCUUGUCCGAUCACUAUGCACAACUACUACGAAAGGCGUUCGGUGGAGAGAUCAGAGGAGCUACAUGUUCAUUGAGGAUAUCACUUGGCCCGGAGGAAAGUCGGCCGUCAGCGAGGAUGGGACUGGCGAGGUCGUUGUCACCGGUGUAGUUCGGGGACUUGGACUCAAGGCAGACCGGCUUGUCCAGGUUGGAGAUUGGGGCGAAUUCCAAGUUGAAAAGAUUAUCGCUGCCCCGCUAGAGUCGCGAAAGAAGACUAAAGAUGAAGAAAUGGCCGUUGAUUCUACUGAUGAUACCUUGGAGCGACCAACUGAAGACCAAGACGACUUGGCAGAACUCGCCCCUGAAGAAACACUCAUGGACGAUGUAACCAACUACGCCACAUCUGUCGCCCCUUCUGAGCGAAAAGGUGUCCUGCUUGACGAUCACCAUUACUUCUCAGACGAAGAAGAAGAGACUGCCCCCAAACAGAAGAGGCGAUUGCCAAGGGGUACUAGUAACUACCAGGCCGCCUGGUACCUAGAUGACAUGUCUGAUUCGGGCUCCGACCUUGAGGAUUUUGACAUGGAUGACGGACAAGAUAACCAGAGCCAGCCCGCCCAUCCAGCGGACGGUGUGGAGGGUAUGGAUCUCGACGGAAAAGCAAUGACUGAGGGUGCGCCAUCAGAGUAUCCCCAGUCUGAGAUGUUCAUGGAUCCAUCACCAGAGGACGAGGCGGCACAAAUCGAGGAGUACCGCAAAUCGAGGAAAAACGAAGCGGACGAGGAUUUGGAGUUUCCCGACGAGAUUGAGCUACACCCGAAUGUCAAUGCACGUGAGCGUCUUAUCCGUUACCGAGGAUUGAAAAGCCUGAAGACCAGUGUAUGGGACACGGAAGAAGAUCGACCAUACGAACCUGAGGAGUGGCAACGGCUGCUUGAGAUUUCCGACUACAAGCGCACCGCCACCAAAUUCAUGCGUGAAGCAUGGGCUGGGGGUGUCAAGGCCGGUACUCGAGUGAGCGUGCACAUUCGAGGAGUUCCCUUGCAGUUCCAAGCGAACGGAUCGCGGCCAAUGGCCAUGUUCUCACUACUCAGGCAUGAGCAUAAGCGAACAGCAUGCAACUACAGCAUUCUGCUUAGCUCCGAGCACGAGUCUCCCAUAAAGUCAAAGACAGAGUUGAUUGUACAAUGUGGUGCAAGGAGGAUCGUAAUUAACCCUCUUUUCUCAAACGCAGGCAACACGCCUAACAACGUACACAAAUUUGCCCGUUAUCUGCACCCAGGACAAUCAGCGAUUGCGACUUUUAUUGGCCCCCUCACAUGGGGCAACGUCCCGCUUCUCUACUUCACUCGCACAACACCUACACCCGAGCACCCCUCCCCACUCCGCCUAAUCGCAACAGGAACAUCUCUUCCUCCAUCAACAAACCGCAUCGUAGCCAAGCGCAUUAUCUUGACCGGUCACCCUUACAAGAUCAACAAGCGUGUCGUCACCGUGCGCUACAUGUUCUUCAACGACACAGACGUCAAGUGGUUCAAGAGCUUGCCGCUAUGGACCAAGCGCGGACGAAGCGGUUUCAUCAAGGAGAGUCUGGGUACGCAUGGUUACUUCAAGGCUACCUUUGAUGGCAAGAUUAAUCCAAUGGAUGCCGUCGCUGUCAGUCUGUACAAGAGGGUUUGGCCGAGAAGUGCGAGGGCUUGGAGGGGCGAGUUGGAGUAG